GGAGACAUGAGUGAGAAUGUAGAAUGAGUGAAUAUUUGAUCAUUUUUGAGAGCAGGAGGUUGAAGUUUUCAUCGUUUAUAAUAAAUCAUCAUGGCAGAUUAUUGGAAAUCUCAGCCGCGGAAGUUCUGUCAGUACUGCAAGUGUUGGAUCGCAGAUAAUAAACCCAGCGUUCAGUUUCACGAGCGAGGAAAGAAUCACAAGGAAAAUGUCGCGGCCAAAAUCGAGGAUAUUAAGAAAAAGAGCAUCGCCAAAGCCAAACAGGAUGAGAAGACGUCAAAGCAGUUUGCAGCGAUGGAAGAAGCUGCUCUGAAAGCUUACGAGGAGGAUCUGAAGAGACUCAACAAUCCGUCCGAUGAGAGUUUGCCUGCGUCAUCGGCUCCUGUUAAACCACAGACCAAAUCUAACAAACGUGAAGUUAAAGUGAAGGUGAAAGCGAAGAUGAAAGUGAGCAGGAAUAAACCAGCGGAUGUUUGGCUGGAGGGCAGAACACAUGAUGGUCAGAUAUAUUUUUACAACACCAUCACAGGAGAGUCUCAGUGGCAGAAACCGGGCGUGUUUCAGGGUGACAGUACAUCAGGUCAAACGCAGGGAUCAUCGGGAGGUGUGUGGAUAGAAGCCGUGAGUCCUGAAGGAUACACAUACUACUACAACACAGAGACGGGCGAAUCCAGCUGGGAGAAACCCGACGAGCUAAAGUUAAAGGACGGAUCACCUCAGGAGGAGACGCAGGGAGAAGCCGCUCCUCCUCAAGCCGAGUCUCUCUCCACAGCUGAAGAGAAGUCUGAACCUCCUCAAGAAACAACAGAAGAAGAAGCGGCUGAAAGCAAACAAACCAAAGUCCCAAAGAUCAACUUUAGGAAACGGAAGGCAGAGCAGAGCGAGACCUCGUCAGGGGAUGAUGGAGGACAGAAAGCGAGCGAUGAGGAGGUGAAAGAGGCUGACAGCUGUGUUCCUCAAACUCCUCCUGUAGUCCCGAACAAAGAGACUUCAGUAAAGAAAUCCAGACCAGUAAAUCCUUAUGGAGCCUGGGAGAAAAUCCAGCCACCGGACGACCCCUAUGAGCAUGUGGAUUUACAGCUGCCGCAUGCAGACACUGCGCCGGAUCUCCCGCCUGAACCCAAGUCCAGAUUUAAAGAGCGCACCAUCACAUCACUGGGAGAUGAGAGCAACGCUGGAGCCACGUUCAAGAAGAGAAAGACUGAGAACGGCAAAUCCAGAAGUCUCCGACCGAGAGAAGAUGAUGACUGAUGUCAU